CUCUCACUCAAACACACACGUAACCGGCCGUGAAUCUCCGCACGGUCGCACGGAUGAGCACGUGGCACGUUAAACCACCGCAACAGCAAUAAGAGGAAGAGAGUGAAUUGUUGAGUAAAUACUGACUGGAAGAACGAAGCAGUUCCAGCUAAGUCAGCUAAGUCAUUUAGCAAGUCGGUGUGAUGAGCUCACGGUCGAGUGGAAAACAAGAAUAGCUGGACGCGCAGUAUUGUCCCGGGGAUUCCCAGGAAACACGGGCUGCCAGUCACACUGUGUGCGGGUGCCGUGCUAGUGCCAGACGCGAUGGGGACGGGCGUGGGUGAGACCAAGAGCACCGCGGACUGGAAGCUCAUGAGUGUGCGGGAGAAGUGCGCCUACCUGAAGAGCAACAUCACGGUGGAACCCAUCCUCGCGUGCUACGUGAUGCCGAGCGUGUUGGCCGGCCUGGCGACACAGAACCUCAACUUGGAGAAGGCGUGCCGGGUGAACCUGGGGUACGGGGAGCACGUGUGCUCGGAGCUGACCGCCCGCCACACGGCCAACUACUCCGAGGAAGAGACUCACGUGCAGCAGCUGGUGGCCUGGAUGUCCGUGUGGAAGAUGGCUCUGUCCAGCUCCUUCCCCAUGCUCCUGAUCCUGUUCUUCGGGUCGUGGAGCGACCGGCGUGCGCGCAGGAAGCCGUGCCUCAUGCUGCCCAUCCUGGGGGAGUUCCUCACCAGCGUGGGGCUCAUCGUCUGCACGUACUUCUUCUACGAGCUGCCCAUGGAGGUGGCGGGCGUGGUGGAGGCCUUGUUCCCCGCGCUCACGGGCGGCUGGACCACCAUGUUCGUGGGUGUGUUCAGCUACAUCGGCGACGUCACCACCGUCCACAUGCGCACGUUCCGCAUGGGCGUCGUGCACGUGUUCGUGUCGCUGGGCAUGCCCUUCGGGAUGGCGCUCAGCGGGAUCCUCUUCCGCCUGAUCGGCUUCUACGGCAUGUUCUCUCUCUCCUCCGUGCUGUACGUGCUGGGCUUCACGUACGGCAUGAUGCGAGUCCGCGAGCCAAAACCUCCGAUACCCAGGCCUCCGGACGUUGGCUUCCUCCAGGACUUCUUCAACAUCGAGCACGUCAAGGAAACCUUCGAGGUUGCAUUUAAGAAGAGACAUGGGAACAGAAGACAGAGAGUGUUGAUGAUCAUGAUUCUGUCCAUUGUUCUAGUAGGUCCUAUGUUUGGUGAGACAUCUGUAAAUUACCUCUUUACCCGGUAUCGUUUCAACUGGGAUGAGUUUGACUUCAGUAUGUAUUCAACAUACACCGUUGUUGUUCACUUAAUUGGUACCAUGAUUGCAAUGACAGUUUUCUGUAAAGUUCUCAAAAUGGACGAUGGACUAGUGGGCUUCAUUGGAUGCAUCAGCAAAAUUGCAGCGAGCUUUUUGUUUGCCUUCAGCUACGCCCCUUGGAUGCUAUAUGCAGGACAAGUGGUGGAAAUGCUGAGCGGAGCCGGAGUGAUAGCCAUGCGAGCAUCCGCUUCCAAAUUGGUGCCUGCGGAUGAACUCGGGAAGGUGAACUCGCUGUUCGGAGUGUGCGAGAUGACUGCACCUCUCAUCUACAGUCCAAUGUACAGUCUGGUGUACGCAUCCACGCUCAAGGUCAUGCCAGGGGCCGUCUACCUGCUGGGCGCAGCACUCGUCGUCCCUGCGGCACUUAUGUUCCUGGCCAUGUACUGGCUGACCAAGAGGGGGACAGAGGACAUGGAACUCGCAGUCACAGAGACCCCUGGACCGUCCAAGACCUCGGCGUGCAUCAAUGAGGCUUUCCAAGACGACCAUCAUAACGAUGUACAGAAAAACAAAAUUGGUUGAGAAAUGCAUUAAUUAUUGUUUA